UGCGCCCUCCCCUUCCACCCCCCACGAAAAUGAUCCCCUGCACCUGGCCGACUACAUUGUUCUUCUUAAUAUGGUUGUGCAAUGACGUCGUCUCGAAGAGGAAUCUUACCCUAAAGCCCAGGGUGGUUCUGCCAGAGAGCUAUGUAAAAGAAAUGCGGCCGCCCGCCCGGAAAGGUCAACCCGUCAUUGUAGAGUUCAGCAUUUACGUGGUGGACGUCAACUCCAUCAAUGUGGAAGACAUGGACUUCAGAGUAGACAUGUUUAUCAGACAAACGUGGAGGGAGAGCAGGCUCCAGCUGCCAGAGGAUAUCUUCGAGGAAGGGGACGACCAUGUGACCCUGCCCCCGGAGUUCUUCGACAACCUAUGGCAUCCUGACCCUUACUUCCUGAACUCUAAAGUAACUGAAAUUGCAGAGUUGACACACAAGUUCUCAUCGGUUACGCUAUACAGAAACCAGACAGUUCGGUAUGCGGCGAGGAUGCACGCCAUCAUAGCCUGCCAGAUGGAGUUCCAACUCUACCCCAUGGACAUACAGUCGUGUCCGAUCUACAUUGAAAGCUUUUCGUACAGCAAUCAGAAGGUGAGGUUUCGGUGGAGCGAGGCGGGGGUGACGAUAAACCCAGAACUCAAGCUGUUGCAAUACCACAUCGGCGAACCGCUCAGACUUGAGGAGACUAAUGGAUACAUGAUCGACAAAGACGGAAACUACUCUAGACUAGUAGUGUACUUUCGGUUCGAGCGUCAGAUCGGUCACCACCUCAUCCAGACCUUCGCUCCAUCCUCCCUGGUGGUGAUGCUGUCCUGGUUCAGCUUCUGGCUGGACCUGGACGCGAUUCCCGGGAGGGUCACGCUGCUCGUCACCUGCAUGUUGACCCUGGUCACCAUGUUCACGGGACUGAGAGCUGAUAUUCCUCCCGUUGCUUAUGUGAAAGCUCUAGACCUAUGGAUGGCAGGCUGCAUGAUGUUUGUGUUCGCGGCUCUCGGAGAAUUCGUGGUCGUCAAGGUGCUGGACAAACAGUACCAGAUGAACAAGAGCAAGGCACAGGAACUGCCCAGGAUUAUACCUGUGCGUCUAAACGGUGAGAAGGGGUCAUGUGGAACCGUCGCCGCUUGGGAGGGCAGCGGCGUGCGGUGCCGCAAGGUGGACCUCACGUCGCCCACGUCGCCGCCCGCCGCCACGCCGGCCGUGCACCCCGCGCCCGCCGCGCCGCACAGCGCGCCGCACUUGGGCGGCGUCGAGCGCCGCCAGAGCAUACUCCAGGUGGCUUGGCUUGACGCGGACACCGGGCAAGAGCGCGUGCUAUGGCGGGAGAUAGACAAGCUCUCGCGCGUGGUUUUCCCCGCCCUAUUCCUUCUCUUCGUGACUAUGUACUGGCCCGUUCUACUACUUAAAACGAAGACGUCUUCAUAACAAUUAGAACUAAACACAUUCCUUCGCCAUCGCCUUUGAAAUAAAUAAAAAAAUACAUAAAAUGAAUGAGGUCUAAUGUAUUUUCCGCGUCAUUUUGUAUGGAAAAAAGAUACAAUAACAUAAUUUUUUUUUGCUUUUUCGUUCGUCGUUCCGUGUUUAACAUUGAUUUAUUCUGUCUACGUUGUUUCGUGAAAUAUUUUUGUGUUGUUAUUUCAGUAAUAGGUUUUUCAUAAGUUCCCCGAAUUUGCCGCUACUGCGAGAUUUGUUCUGCUCUUAAUAAAGUUCUGUAAGAAAUAACAAGAUUAUUUUAGGUUUGUAAUACCAUUUGAUUGUAAUUUUUCUUUUUGUAAUUCUUUUUCCUUCAACCCUGUAAAACUCGAUGGUCUUUGUCUUUGAAUCAUUUCCUAGAUUUUUAUUUUGCUUACAGUCAUAAACAUGAAAGAACAGAUUCGAACAGCGUGUCAUAAAAAAA